UCUAUAAACAAAUUAAUAAUCCUUGAGUGAGAUGACAUGGAAAUGUGGGCAUUAGCUGGUAUUCACUGCUUCUCACUGCGUUGCCUCUUUCCCUUAACAGAGAAUUCAGGCAGUAACCUAAUUCUUAGAUUGAGGCUGGAAGGCAUAAAACAGUAGCAUCUCGACUUUUGACGCACGCAGAGGAGUGGUGAAGCGCGGAGCCCACUCCGUGUGAGUGACAAGCCCGGCACCACGGCCGCCCACUCGCGCACAAGCCGGGUGACUCUUAAUUGUGUAAUGUUCAUUGACGAGUCAGCACAAUGCUGCUGAGACCGCGGAGGCGCACUUAGCCGAGCAGAGCAAUGAAAUGCUCCCAUCGAGGCGAACACAAAUGGACAGCCUCGUUCAGCCGCUCGUCGCCCAGUACCUCGCCAUGGGAUGCCAGGCAAAAGAAAACAACCAAAACGAAAGCUCGCCGUCGGACGAGAAGGGAAAAGACGAUGCGAGGGUGACUCCGGGAUGCGGCUCCAGGUCUAGAGUUUCUCCUCCAGGCCGCCCUCACAGGUUCCACAAACCCAGCCCGGCCCAGACCGCCGCGGGUAAAGCCAUGAUGUCCCUGGGACACCUCACCAAGGGGGCCAGCUGGGAGGAGCUGAUCCAGGCCUGUUUGCAGUCCUUUGACUCGGAUGGCUGUGUUUACGGGAGCAGCCACCUGUUGAACAUCAGCCUGACCAUGCACCGUCUCCUCAUCUCCUCCAGCGAUCUGCUGGACAAGCUCAUCACUCUAUUUAAAAUAGCGCUGGACAAUGAGCAGCUGACAGAGUGCCAGAGGAUAUGCUUCUUCGUCAGGCACUGGAUCCAGGAAUUCUGGGUGAUGUUCCGGUUGCACCACAGCUUGUCAGACAGCCUGGAACAGUUCAGGGAGCUGAUCAGAGAGCAGGGACAGGAGCGUCUUUGCUCGCUCCUAGAGACCAAAUGGAUAAAUGAACGGGACUGGUCGUGGAAGGCCAGCCAGAAGAUCAAAGCUAACUGCAGUAAAAAGAGGAAGGUCUCUCUUCUUUUUGAUCACCUGGAGCCCAUUGAGCUGGCUGAGCAUCUCACCUUCCUGGAAUUCAAGUCCUUCUGCAGGAUAUCAUUUGUAGACUAUCAGAACUAUAUUCACAACUGCUGCAUGAAGGACAUCCCCGUGAUGGAGCGUUCCAUAGCCCUGUGUAAUGGUAUCUCCCAGUGGGUUCAGCUGAUGGUGCUGAGCAGGCCGACCGCUCAGCUGAGAGCUGAGGUUUUCACCAAGUUUAUCCACGUGGCCCAGUGUCUGCACCUUAUGCACAAUUACAACACACUAAUGGCGGUGGUGGGAGGACUGUGUCACAGCUCGAUUUCCAGACUGAAGGACACCACCUCGCAUGUACCCAGCGAGGUCACCAAGGUACUGAACGAGAUGACAGACCUGCUGUCCUCCUGCAGAAACUACGACAACUAUAGACAAGCUUACAACAGGUGUACAGGUUUUAAAAUCCCUAUCCUGGGCGUCCACCUCAAAGACCUGAUUUCAGUCAAUGAGGCCAUGUCAGACUAUGUGGAGGACAACAAGGUGAAUGUCCAGAAGCUCCAGGCACUCUACAGCCACAUUAAUGAGUUGAUCCAGCUCCAGCAGAUCCCCCCAAGACUGGAGGCUAACAAGGACCUGGUCCAUCUGUUGACGCUGUCCUUGGACCUUUACUACACAGAGGACGAGAUCUAUGAACUCUCUUACACCAGGGAACCCAAGAACUGCAAAGCACCUCCAGCCACCCCCUCUAGGCCUCCAGUGGUUGUGGACUGGGCCUCAGGAGUGUCCCCUAAACCUGACCCACGAACCAUCAGCAAACAUGUGCAGCGAAUGGUGGAUUCCGUGUUUAAGAACUACGAUCACGACGAGAACGGCUUCAUUUCUCAAGGGGAGUUUGAGAAAAUUGCUGCUAGCUUUCCGUUUUCCUUCUGUGUCAUGGACAAAGAGAAGGAGGGCCUCGUCAGCAGAGAGGAGAUCACAGCCUAUUUCAUGCGGGCAAGUGUCAUCUGCUCCAAACUGGGCCUUGGCUUUGUCCACAACUUCCAGGAGACCACUUACAUGAAACCCACCUUCUGUGACAACUGCUCAGGAUUUUUGUGGGGUGUCAUCAAGCAAGGCUACAGAUGCAAAGACUGCGGGAUGAACUGCCACAAGCUGUGCAAGGACCAGGUGGCGUUCGAGUGCAAGAAGAACACCAAAGUGACCAGCGCCAUCGACAGUCCAACACCGAGCACCACGCCUGUCACCACAGGCACCUCAGAGGGUUCAGAAGAUUGUCCUUUUCCCUACCCGCCAGAUGACAGCAAAGACUGGAGUCCAGACUCCCCGGUCACCUCUCAGUCAAGGCCGCGGAGGGUCCACAGUGGUACCCAGACAGAGGGACUCCAGCCUUCCUCUACAGCCCCUGAGGCCAGUGGCCUUCAGCCGUCUCUCCUGGUCCCAGCAGCACCCACCCUCACCUCGUGUCCCAGCCCUGUGCCGCAGAGAAAACAGCGGCGACACUGUGCCAAGUGGGAAAACAGAAUAUCUGUUGUACCAAAGGAGGCAGAAGAGGAGAGCAAAUCCACCUAUGAAUCGCUGGAAUCAGACAACCAGAGGCUGCAGAAAGACAAUGAGACACUACGUAGGAAGCUGAAGGAGGCAGAGCGUGAGGUGGAAAUACUAAAGACACUGCUGAAGAGGCACGCUCUCCAUCCUGUGGAGGAGGACUCCUCCUCCUAGACACAUACAGGCACUGGACCUCCUCCAGGGAGACUGGUGCUGCCCCCAUAUGGCGGCAUGUGUAAAUCUGGAUCAAAUGUUUUACUUAUUGGUCAUAAACAGUGCAAAACAGUAGUCCACCCGUAUGAGGAGACCCAAUCAAUAUGGCAACACAUGAUAUUAAGUGGGAUACAAUGCACAACAAACACAACCAGUGUUUUAAUGCUAAUGGUACACAAAAAAAGACAAUUAGUAUGUCACCAAUAAAAGAAGUUCCAAGUUAGCAGAAGGAGCCUCUUCACUGUAUUGUGCCAUUUGCAAUGAACGUUACUCACGUUAUGUGAUGAACCGCUGAGAGUAGCUGGAGCUGGAACGGAGUGUGUUGUUGCCUGUGUUAAAGGUAUAGAAACAUGAAAAGAUACUGAAUGAAGGAGUGCAGUAUUUAAAGCAGAAUGUGUUUGAUCAAUUCCUGAUCAAUGAGUCUAGAUAUUUAUGUUAAACAUAAAGUGGAAGUCAGAGGCUACAGUAAAAUGUAUGCAGCGAAACAGUUUUGAAAAACAAGUUUAUUGUGUAUAUGACAGGUGCAUUAUUAUUGUUAUUAUUAUUAUUAGUAUUAUUAUUAUUAUUAUUAUUAUUAUUAUUAUUAUUAUUCAUGAUAGCAGCAGACUGAAAGUUGGAGGCCUCAGAUGUACAGAACUGUUGUUGCUCCACAUCAUUGUCCCUGUUCCCAUCAAUACACAACAUGUUCUUAGAGCUUCUGUUGAUAUUUAUUAUCUCAAACACUACACAGUUCAUACAGAGAGCAACUGAAAUGGACAUUUUGUACAGAAUACUGAUACUCUCAGUGAAUUAUUUAUGCUUGUGUGUGCUGGCAUCAUAUUGAUACGUUUUUAUUGUGCUGCCAUGUCAUGUUUUACUGUUGUGUGGUCCAUUGUAGCAGUGCUGUACUGUGAAUGGAAGUCAAGACACAUGUGUUUGUAAUGUGUGUAAUGUACUAUAAAUACAAAGUAUACACUGUGCCAUCUUAAUUCAGUCAAGGUUCAUCCUUAAUCUCAGUAUUGUUCUCUUUUUGUAAAUUCCACAUAUAAUUAUUGCUCGUGUUACUCAGUUUGGCCACUGGGGGUCACUAAAGCCUCAUAAUAUGUCUUCAGCUUCUCGCUAAUGAAUAUUGACGUUCAGUUUUCAGAAUCUCGGGGACCUGUACUAUAAAUGUGCGCUCUAAUUAACUUUCCGUGUGUUACUCAGACUAUUUCUGUCAAAUUAAUGCGCAAAAAAUCAUCACAAUCAGAUACUUGUCUGUAACUGGUUGUGGUAAAAUUAGUUUUGAAAAUAUGUACAAAUAUCUUGUAAUCUUAAAGGUGAGGAAAGCUGAGCUCCAUAAGAAAGCAUACUAAUGCCAUAUUUGCAGUUAAGAGUUGAAUUUAAGCAGCGAAGCGUCUGCAAAAUGAUGGAGUGAUGGAUUUGUGAGUUGUAAGCCUUUAAAGACAGACUGUGUCACCCUGUUGUCGGGAGACUCUGCCAAUCUGCCCUGUCCCUUGGGAUUUGCUGCUGGUAAUGAGUCCAGCUCCACAGUUAAUGCUGGCCUGUGGAUAAUGAGAGGGCAACUCUCUGCUGUAAGAGAAGCAAAGAUUCGAACCAAGUACAUAAUCAUUCAGCUUUUCUUUGAGCAAUUCUGCAAACAGCAGGUGAUUUUACAUGCUAUAUUCCCUGUGCUGGAAUUCAGCGUCAGACAAAGAACGCCAUUUGACCCUCAUUAUAUUGAGCUUCUUCAUUUCUUGCUGCCAUAAUGACUUGUUGCCUUGCAUUGACUUGGCAGUGAGCACAGACCCGGUGAAGAAGGAUACUCUCUGAGGCAUAGCGGCAGCUCCCAAGCCCAGCCUUGGUGACAGCUAAUUUACUUCUAUUUGAAUGUGACACCCAUCUGCAAGGGAAUAACACCCCAAGUCUACCAGGCUGAGUUCACGCUAAUGCUGAAUAAUUUCCAAUAUCAUGGCUGGCUGAGAGAAUGUGACAGAGAGAACAUGUGUUAAACUCGAGGGACGGUGCCCCAGCGAAGGCUGCUUUUUUCCCCUAUCAAAGCUGCAACACAAGCUUGAAAGGACAUAUGCAUGUACACUGACAUGUUAAAGUAGUGAUCACAAAGAUAAAUGUAUCAGUCUAAAAUCCAUUUACACAGCCAACAGAGAACGUAAACUAAAUGAACUGUGGUGCUUUUGAGUCUGGGGGAGAUUGCCAGACAUAUGUAGGCUAACUGCGUGACUCAGCGCUCCAUACAUUGACUGAAAAAUAUGACACUUCAACAGCCUGCGUAAUUACAGCAGGCAGACAGAUGAUUUAUCACCCAGACAUCAGUGUACUUGGGGGAAUUGGGCCAUUGUGAGAUACCCAUAAGUUAACUAAAUCUGCUAAGUUUAAUGAACACACUCCGAAACUAAUUAGGGAAAGAUGUGGAACAUCCCAUUACGUCCCCCUGAUAGCACAGUGUGGGACACAGAGAACACAAUGUGAACACAACACAUUGUACACACGGCCGACGCUCAUUUCAAAUACGAGGAAGCACCACCACCACAAUGCCUGUAGGUUACGGCGACGCCACUGCCGAACUCGACUCCACUAAUUCCCUUGAUUAUUAAACUGAGUUCAUUAAGUUGUAAUGAUGGCCAAAGGACCCCUGUGGAAGAGAGGAGAGAGAGGCUGUGGGGGAGGUGGAGGAAAAAAGAGAAACACACACACAUUUGGUGGAAAUUUUCUGGAGGUGGUUUGAAAAUUGUGUGAAGCCAUGUUGAAAUUUUUAAUUAACCUUGAUGAUAGCAGAGGAGUGUUACAAGAGAGGGGCUGUGCAGGAGUUUGCCGAGAGAAACAUCAUAGCUCAGCUGUGUCCCUUUUUGGCCUUUAACAAUCAUGUAGUUUGAGCUUCAUAAUACAGACUAAAUCCACUUAUCACGUCCUGGUAAAUGUCGGAUAGCGAGAGAGGAGGCGAAGCCUGAGGCUGAUACAAAGGUAAUGAAUUUGUGGGCAAUGUUGUUGACUAUGAAAGUAACCACAAAGAGACAUGAGUUUACAUUUCUGGCUCUGACUAAGACUGUGUGCACACACAAAGCAAUCUAUGGGUCGAGAAUCUUAUAUCCAAUGAAGUGGCUUCACAGUAUUUCUCCUGCUGGCGUACCAGACAACACUGCUUCUCAUCCCGUAGUAAUGGCUCCCCGUUGUUUUUGGCACAGGCGUAUAUUUUGGCUGAAUACAAAGAAGCAUACUUAAAAACACUCACAGGAUGAUGCAUUUAAAAAGCCCAAACCACAUCCCUUAUUUAGGUUGUUUUGUGCAUGCUGUCAUAGUUAAGACUGCUUGUUCCUGUGACUUGUUAGUCACAGUGUAAAUAAUACACAUCAUGAGAAAGGAAACAGGAAGCAGCUUGGAGUUACAUGUUGUUAAGGUAAUGUGAGAUUUAUGUUAAUACACAGUGCAGCUGUCAGAACGAUUUAUGAUUGAUUUUCAGACCCUGUUAUUGCUCCUCAAGGUGUACUUUGAUGGAAACUGGUGGCAGAAAAAAAAUGUUGCAA